GCCUUCGCCGCCCGCUUCACCUACGUGCUGACCUCGGGGGGCAUCGGCCCCACGCACGACGAUGUCACCUUCGAGGCCGUGGCCAGGGCUUUCGGGGAAAAGGUCACCCCCCACCCUGAGCUGGUGGCCUUGGUGCACAAGUUCUUCGGCAAGACGGCCGCGCGGUCCCCCGAGAUGAAGCGGGCUCGUGUCCCCGAGUCCUCCCGCCUCAACUACGGCACGGACGGGCGCACGGGCAGCGCCUUCAAGUACCCGCUGGUCAGCGUGCGUAACGUCUACAUCUUCCCAGGCAUCCCGGCGCUGAUGGAGCGCGCCCUGGACGGCCUGGCCCACCUCUUCCGCAACGAGGGGACCCGCUUCCACUCCCGCGCCAUCUACGUGGCGGCCGACGAGAUCCUCAUCGCGCCCGUGCUGGACCAGGUCAACGCCACCUUCCAGGGCCGCGUCAGCUUGGGCUCCUACCCAGACUGGGCCAACAACUACUACCGCGUGAAGCUGACGCUGGACUCGGAGUCGGAACAGGAGCUGGAGGAAGCGCAUCGCUUCUUGGUGGAGAAGCUGCCGCCGGGCGUUGUCGUGCCGUUGGUGACGGACUGCGUUUCGCCAGCGGCCGCGGAGGUGUACGGCCUGGCGGAGUCAGGCUCGGCCUUGGGGCAGAAGGUGGCAGCAGCACUGCGGACCAUUGAGGAGGCUUUGGACCGGUACAGCCUGGCCCAGCUCUGCGUGGGCUUCAACGGGGGCAAGGACUGCACGGCCCUGCUGCACCUCGUCCACGCCGCCGUGGAGAGGUACCCGGCCGCAGGGCUCCACCAGCCUGGCCUGGGGCAGGG